UGAUCAUGGCAGGCGAAUAACAACAAAGAAGCAAAGCGGUAGAACAUUGGUUAUUUUUUUAUUUGUGCUAUACAAAGCUUAAUUAUUUUCCUGCGUUUUUAUAUUGUGCAGGUUUAACGUUACUGCUAUUUAAAUGAACUAUGCAUUCAACUAAGGAGGAGCGACGUUAUUUUUGUCAAACGUGUCAUGCGUUCCCUGUUUCAGUUUAAAGUUUCCUUCAAGGCGUUUUUUGUAUCUAGUAAAUAAAAAAUAAGGCACCAGUCGUCAGUUUUUAUGAGGCAUGGAGAGCACACACAUGGAGGCAUCCAGCUCAGGUACAGAGCAGCAGUCAGUCCAGGCUUCUGUUGCAGAAGUGUCAUCCUCUCAAGAGCAGGAUUCUCCGCCCAGAAGAGCCGAAACAUCAAGGACGAAACCUGUGCCAGGUAAAGGACUAAAAAGAAAAGCAGAUUCCAUUACAAACGAGAAGAGCAAGAAGAAAAAGCGGAAAAAUAGCCAACGAACGAUAAGACCAAAUUAUACUGUCCAGGAGGGAGAGGACAUGCUUUUGAUUAUAUCAAAUAUAAGUAGCGGCGACAGCAUAUGGAAACCAAAGCGUAAAGGAUGUAAGAAGAAGAAGAAGGUAAAGUCAAAGGGCAAGAAUAAAACCUCUACACUUCACAAGAAAAUAAUACCUGCCAAAAUCAAAGUCACAAAGGAAUCAGUUGAUAAACGUGUCGAUUUGGACAGUGUGCACGCGGAUGGUUUUGACCGAUGGGGUCAGAGUUUACCAAUAGAGAUACUGGUGAAAAUCUUCCAGUUUGCAGUCCUUCGGGAUGGAGCUGUACCUUUUUUAUGCAGGGUUGGUAGAGUUUGUCGUCUAUGGAAUGGGGCUGCAUCCUCUCCGGCCCUGUGGCGCAGUGUGUCACUUGGCUACUGCUGGAUUGAACCCAGUAAGAGUCAGUUACCUGGGACAGAACAGAAGAUUAGGAACACUGUAGACUGGCUAGCACAAAACAGAUUCUCUCAGAUGAGGGACUUCUCACUUUACCACUGGAAAAAACAUGUUGAUUAUGUCAUUGAGAGAGUUUCACAAUGCUCCCCCAAUCUUCAUUCUGUCAAGCUUUCCUAUUGCACCGGAUUGACAGAAAAAGCCUUCCAGAGUCUUGGUGCUGGCUGUCCAUCAUUAGAGAUUUUAAAUGUUCAACACUCAGAGUUCCAUGUUGAUGGUCUGGUGUCUUUCCUUGAGACCUAUGGAAACCAAAUCAAGAGUAUUUACUUCACACACAGCCCCAAGAGUGACAGGCUUCUUAGCAUUUUGUCUAAAAGUUGCUGUCCCGAGCUCCGAUUGCUGGAGAUCAACACUAAAUUAGAUGGAGGAUACUGCCAGCUUCCCAUCUGCAUUCAGGCUUUGCAGAUUGGAUGCCCCAAACUUCAGACUUUAAGGUUGAUGAAUGUCACUCCAGUUCCUAAAAUGAUCCGCAACACACCCAGUUCAACGUCUGGUUUUCCGCUGAUGGAGGAGCUGUGCAUUGCCACUUCCUCUCACUCCUUCAUGUCUGACAGCGACCUGAGCAAUGUGCUCCACAGCUCCCCCAAUCUGCGAGUGCUGGACCUACGUGGCGCCUCCCGCAUAACAGCCACCGGCUUGUAUGCUCUGCCUUGUGAAAGACUGGAGUGUUUAUAUUGGGGACUGUACUUCAAUACCAAUAACAUGGUGGCAUCCAAGAAAGGCAUACACAUGCUUGCUCAGAAAUGGAGUAACACCCUCAGGGAGCUUGAUUUGGCCAAUCAGCCAUUCUCAGAGGAAGACCUGGAGAUCACCAUGGGACAUCUUGCACAUGGUGCUGGAGUCGAUUCUUUUAAUUCUCUGAAUCUCAGUGGAACUAAAAUCACUUCAUCUGCCCUCAGGUUACUGAUAGGCCAAACACCAGCUCUGAAGUACUUGAAUCUGUCCUCAUGCCGGUAUCUGCCCAGAGGACUCAAACGUAUAUAUCAUGGUCAAGAAGACAUUCAACUACUUCUAGACAAAUUAAGCUGAACGUGUAUUUGUUGGAGAAAUUCAGAUAAAGUUCCAGUUGGAGUCAAACUGAGACUGCCUUCCUGUUGACUGAGCCUUAAGGUAAACCAAGCACACAACAGACACUCAGUGAAAAUCUGAGCAUGCAUGCUUCCCUCUCUCUGCUUGAUAUACUGAUAGGUCUGGUCAAACCCCACCCCAAGGAACACUCCCCUCUCUCUCUGGAGAUAAAACAAAUAUCCUGCAGCCGAAUGAAGGAAUGUUAUGCUCCUUAUUGUCUUCCUACCGAAGCUGUCAUGAACACUCAACUUGUAAUGUUUAACACUAUAAAAAGGCAAGUCAGCAAAAGCCUUGAGUUUUGUGUUUGUGCAUAACUUUACUGGGGCAAUGCAGUAGUCAUAUACUUCUGUGUUUUCUCAAUAGCUGGCUGACAUUUCAGACUGUGGUUGGGCAAUCGUUUUUUUUAGGCAAGCAUGAUUAAAAUGAGGAAAAUCUGUUCUCAUAAAACGUUUUAUUAUGCUUUUCACAAGUAUUCGCUUAUUGCACAGAUUCAGUUAAUGAUUUAAAAUGUUGUUUUUAUAAUGCAAGAAGUGUGUGGAUGUGAUUCUUAUCUGUUUGAUUCAACAUAGAUUAAAGGAAAUCUGGCCUGACCUGUACUGGGUUUUGGGUUAAAAUAUUAUUGAGAGCAGUGAAACUGGACAUCAACCUUAGUGUUUCUCUAAAGGAGUUUGCCUUUCUUGUUCAAUUACAUUUAAGCUGCAAUUUAUUUCUGCUUUUAUUCAUGUAAGCUAUAGGGGUACAUCAAAAUAAAAUAGUUUUAGCAUUGGGCCAAGCAUUUUAAAAAAGGGCAAUACAGUCAACGUUUUUUUUUGUAUUUAUCUGUAGGCGUUUCAUUGUCUGUUUUUAUAGUGAUUCGUUGUUGUUCAGGAAGUGUUUUUUUCUAUAAUGCAGAAAUGACAUUAAAACAUUUUCAUUUAAAGUUGUUCAUAGAAUAUAACACUGUUGACAAUAACGGAUUGUUUUUUGCACUUGUAUUUCACACAGUUUUAGGUGUUCUGAGUUUUGUUUAAUAUUGGCCUUUAUAUGGUGCCCUUCAUAAAGCAAGACAUUUGCAUAUUUACUGCAUAUUUACAAAAUCCUGAGUUAUUUCAACCCAUUUUGGGGUAAAAUAUUGAUUAAUGGGAUUAAAUGAAUUUAUGCUUUUUUAACCCAUGCGUGGUUUGUUCAAAUAUAGACAUUUUCUGGGUUCAUUUAAACCAGUGGUUGGGUUUGUCUAUAUCACCCAACCAUGUUAAAACAACCCAACAUUUUUUACAGUGAUAGGGUAAUGCUUCUGCUUUCACAUGGCCUGUCAAGCAAAACCCUUCUUUGGAACAAAUGCUUGUCAAAAUCAUCACUCUCUUGUUGAAGUUUCUCAGUACUUCUCCAGUAUUUCUAUGCCACACCUCCAUGAGGUGACCUGAUAUGCUAACUCACCCUCACACUCCUGCAAACAGAAGUGACUUCAAAACUAUGCAAGGCUGCAUUGUAUCACAUGCAACGUCUUAUCACGCUAUUAUCAGAUUAUCUAUCCAUCAAUGGGGGACCUUAUUCAACACUCUCUGAGAAUGAGAUCCUGCUUUACCUGCUCCUCAGUUUUUGUGUAAACAGAUAGGAAGCAAAGAAUACCUGGUUUAAACAUCAAUGUGUAUGCUUUUACUUUUACAUAAUGUCAUCUCUUCGUGACUUAAUCUUCAGAAUCAAUAUUGUAAUAUGGGCAAAUGCAAAAUACUUGGUCAAUACAUUUUGACAAAAAUGUCAGAUAGAACCUUAUAAUUCCAAAGUGACGAAAUGGUGUCCAUACGAUGGAAGUCAGUGGGGGCAAAUGUUGUUUGGUUCUUUUGUGGGUGAACUAGCCCUUUAGUUCACCCACGAGGUUCAUGUCAUACAUACUAGCUAUAGCACAUAUUAGUUGUUAAAGACAAUGGGCCCUAUUUUAACGAUCUAAGUGCACGGUUUAAAACCCCACAGACUUCGCGCAAUUGACUGUAGACUUUAGACUUUGAUUUGGUCUAUGGCCCAGUCUAUUUUCAGUUUGUCAAAAUAGCAACGCGCCAACAAUAAGCCUGAACACACCUCUUUUUUAGACCAGGACGCACAUGGGCGCACAAAUGGGCGCAAAUGCAUUUGCUAUUUAAACAACGCGGCUCAGGAUGGGAAAAUGAGUACUGUGUCGGGCUGAAACUAGCAAAAACACUUGCGCCGCAUUGCGCCGGGUGUACCAUAGGGCCCAAUUUUGUUUAUUGUGAUAUACAACAUACAGAAUGAGCAAAAGACUGAUCUCAGUGCUGGCAUUAGCACAGCUGAGUGAAGCAACAAACAUCCUAAGCACAAUGUUAACCACAAACUAAAAUUUUCAUUAAAAAAAUUCUAACAAAAAUGAGCAUUAAAGACUAACUAAAGUGUGUUAAAGUCUUUCACCUUAACACAAAAUAACACUAUUUAAAAAAACUUCAAAGCAUGCUGGGAACUACAGAUCCACUGCCCAGGUGAUUGCUUACGUAUUAAUUCCAUUUGACAAAUUUAAGUGGGUUGAAAAUGAUGAAUACGUUGCAAACAUGUUGUAUCAACUUAUUUCAAUACGUAAUUUGGACAGUGUGGAAAUUUAACUUUUUUUAGAGUGUUGGUUGAUGACACCAGAUAAUAAUGAUGCUUUUCUUCUGAUAAAUGUUGUAAUUCUAAUCAUCUAAUUUCCGCAUAUAUCUGGGGAAAUUGAGGCACUUUCCUUACAGUAAGUAUACUACAUUAUACACUUAACUAAUCCACACCCUGAAGUACUAUCAAAACCUUUUCAACCAUCUUGAUUUGACUCCAAAACAUUGUCUUAAUUUGUAUAUUACAAACAGGAUCUCGUAAAUGUAUAAUUAUAACUCCCUGAGCAAACUCUGUCAUGUGUGUGAAGAAUGGAAAACUUUGGAAAAUGGUUUCCUUUGUUAGGUUUUAAUCAUCAGCAGUUACAUGUCCAAACAGCCCUAGAAUUUAUGAGUACAUGAGUAUCGCCACCUUUCCGAUAACUGUGCCGUAAGAUAAUGUCCCUCCUUCACUUAAUACUGACAAGUAUCUGGGGAACAGAUGAAGCAUGUAAGGUUUUGCCUAAAGAAACAAGGUGUGUCGGUUUACAUUCCAGAAUCCCUUUCGACCAAAAAAUCCCACAAAGUGAUGGGGGUAUGACUAGAGUCAAUGGCAAAGGUGAGGGCAUCAAUCUCUCUCAUACAUACAGCUAUAUAGUCUUCUCUUUCUGUCUGUGGUGGGGGUCCACCUAUAAAAAAUGUAGCUUCUGAAAAAAGGGAUUUAAUACGCCAAUUAAUAAAAGCAAGGUAAAAAUGCUGCAAAUAUUAGAAUCCCCAUCAAUCACAAAAUAUGUCCUGCGACAAAGUGUUGAAUGACCAUACUGAAGUCUAUACAUUUGUCAUCAGCAUGGUAAGAUUUUUUUUUUGCAAAUAUUUGAGCCUCUUACUGUAAUUCCUUGCAUAUCAUGAAAUAGUGUCACAGAAACUUACGGAAACAAAAGAACCGCUCCUGUUAAAAUAACUAAUAAUUAUCAUCCCAUCCCAUUUCGACUUUAGUUAUUGUAUGAAAGCAGUGAUUAUGCACUUAAAUAUACACCUUAUUAAAUUUAAUGCGUGAACUUUUACAAUAAAUGUAAUACAUUUUCAAAAUAAGAUGUUUCAUCUGGGCUUGCAAUCUCUGUAUAAUCUUCCAGAUAUGUUAGUUAUUUAAUUCAUGGUUGUUUUUCACUUUUAGACGUCUUUGUUAUGCAUCACAUUUUCAAUUCAUUGUUCGUACUCCUUCCGUUGCAAAGUGGCCAGUAGUUUGACACCCAAAUAUCCUGAAUAACAGGAAGCCAGAGAGAGGGUGAGAGAGAGGGAAACAAGAUUCAUGUUUUAUGUGGGAUCACUUCACAUGCAUUAUUUAAAAUGAAUACUUCAAAUGAAUAAUUAAUAAUACAUCAGUGGCUUAAAUUGUGUGGCCUAUAAGAGAUUAGAAGGUUCCUAUCAAAUGUCAAAUCUAAUCUUUGUUGCAGUAAAUUGCAGGAUGUUCAUGUUAAGAAAUUGUUCAGUUCUUUAGUAUUUGUCAUUGACCAUUUUUCUUUAGAAGACGAUCUUACUAACUACUGUGGAAAAACAGAUCAAUUUCCUUCAACAUUCAGCCAGAAUGGAGCGCUUUCCUGUUCAAGCAAGUUUUGUGAUAUAGUGAUAUAGUACACACCUUAAGUGUUGAUAGAAUUAUAAGGUUGCAAUCAUACUGUCAUAUUUUGAUGAUAGGGUAAAAAUGGUUUGUUUUGGUUCUUGGUUAUAUGCAAAUAAUUUUUUUGUCAUGAGAGAAACAAGAGUAUGCAAAUAGGUCUUCAGGAACGCUGCCACAUUUAAUGUUUGUGUUUUUCUCUUAUUUCUUGUUGACAUGACGAUAUGAGACUAUACAUCAUAUAUUAAAUACAGUUUGUUCUGCGAAGCAUUCAUGGCUGAAAAAAUAUUUUUGAUAUUUCCAUUCAAUUAUUAGCUUAAAUUAAUUAUGAUCAAAAAUUGAUCAUUUUUCUUUAGAAGACCACACCUUAAUGCUAUUGACCUAGAAAUCACAAACGUAUAUCAAGGUAAAUACUGUAUGUAAGUCAUUAAAAGAUCUAAACGGGUCAAAUUGAUGUACAAAAAAAUGCUUCAAGUUGUAUAAAUAAACGCACGGAAAGUGCAAAGUAAAAAAAGCCAUAAAUGCAUUUUCAAAUACAGGUUAUACAUUUACAAAUCGAAGCAAAUUUAUUUAAUUAAAUCAUGAAAGAAUCCAAUUUCCUUCAACAUUCAGCCAGAAUGGGGCACUUUCCUGUUCUAGCAUUAAGCAGUUUUUCCACCAACUUGAUUGGUUCAGGCAUUCUUCUAAAAACAUCAGCUGCUUGACAGAGUUGUUCAGCUGAGAUAUUUUGGUUUUAUGUUGUCCACAGAAGUCAUGUAGCAUCACUUUCAAGGAUCUGCAGUUUCAUGCCCUGAAUGAGACUUUGUCAUCAGAUUCAGUUGGGAUAAGAAACAGGAUGGGUUUGCUUUGGGUGUGCCAACAGCUGCUAAUUGCUUGCUAGUCUUUUUGAUGUAAAUGAGGUUAUGAGUAAACAAGGGUUCCUAUGUCCACAUUUUAACAUUUGCUUUCGGAGGACUUUAUCCAAAAGUCAGUUGGGUGAUAGUGAUAUAGUACACACCUUAAGUGUUGAUGGGAUAGAAUUAUAACGUUGCAAUCAUACUGUCAUAUUUUGAUGACAAGGAAAAAUGAUGUCGAACAUUGUUUGUUUUGAUUCUUGGUUAUAUGCUAAUUAUUUUGUUUCAUUAAAGUAAAGAGCAUAGCUGAGUAACCUGA